CGCCGCUGCUGCGUCUCCGCACACUUCCUGAGCGAGCCACCGCUUCGUCUGCCGUCCUGAGCGGGGAGACAACAUGAGGAACAGAGAUCUCUGGGAGGGAACGUGAGGCUCGACUCCAGGAGCAUGACAUAAAACCAAGGACCCGCCUGGAACUGUCUCCUCGUUUGUCUUUUGUUUUGUUUUGUUUGUUUGUUUUUGUUUUUGUUGUCUAGUUUCCCCACCGUCGUGGAGGAAUAUCACUUUAACACUACUGUGGCGGCGGCUGGCCGAGUCGCUCCUCCUGCAUAUCACUGAGAUUCCUGAUAGCAAUACAGAGAGGUGUCAAAGGUCUUGAACAAGCUGCACUCGUCGUACCUCUGUGGCAUUAAAUCACAUUUCUGGCAGCACUUACCGUGCAGGAGACUUCACAGAGAUCUCUGGCUUUGUGGUAAUUUAAGUUAAUUCUCGUGGCCUCCUUGUCCCAACAAGGUGUGUUUUGCUUUUUGUCUCGUUCAUUCUCAACCGAUCUGUUUUUUUAAUGAGAGUUUGUGUAAUUAUUUAAGGAGUUGUUGUUGAUGUCCUGUAGCUGCUCGGCUGCCUUACAUCGCUGCCCGUCAGGCGGCUUUAGGUUGUCUUUUAUUCUUAUGCAAUACUUGUGAAGAACACUUUGAACGACUGACUUGUGCGUCCUGUUGCAGUCCUUCCUGUAGAAGCUGACAGAUCAAACUGUGACUCCCGUUCUGGACUUUAGCGGUUUCCGACCGUCACUGGAUAAAAACUCUGAACUGGAAUCUGUUCUUUUCAAAUGAAGACUGAGGCCCGCGGUGGACCGACCGCUGUGGCGCCGCUGCGACUUGAACUGGAGCGCUGUAGAGGAGGACUUUCAGGGAAAACGUUCUCAGACUGACUUUGAUUUUUGAUUUUGGACUCUUAAAGACUGUAGAAAAUCCGCCCUGAAGCUGGUGAGGCCCGUAGACUUGGUGCACCACGAUGCGCUCUCCAGAACCGUCCUCCCCCUCUCCGGCCGAAGCCCUCCUCCACAGCCAGUUCGCCAGCUGGGGCUCCGGCAGCAACAGCAACAACAACAGCUGCCCCAACAGCCCCGGCGGUCCCGGAGGCCUGUCCCCGGCCGCCUCCCCGACCCCGGCGCCGGCCUCCAACUACGCCUUGACCCUCACCCACACCCACGUCCACAUCCAGCGCCUGUCGCCUCGGCCCGGGAAGGAGGCCCGGCUGCUACUGCCGCUGUCGGAGCUGGUGGGCUGCAGCUGCCCCCGCGCCCCGGCGCCGCCCCUGCUGGUGCUGUACUGGUACCCGCCGGGGAAGCGACGGAAAGGGGUGUCCCGGCGGCGCCAGGUGAGGGCCUACCUGGCGGAGAGCCGGCCGGAGGCUGAGAGGUGGUCGGCUGCUGUGCAGUGUUUACUCAGAGGGGUGACCGUCACUGCUGACACAGAAUUCUCCAGAAGUCUGCUACCUCGUCCAAGGCGACUACUGUUAUUGGUCAAUCCCUUCAGUGGGAGGGGCCAGGCGAUGCAGUGGUGUCAGACCCACAUCCUGCCAAUGAUCCGAGAGGCCAACAUCAGCUACAACCUCAUACAGACAGAACGUCAGAACCACGCCAGAGAGCUCAUCAGAGAGAUUUCGCUCCCGGAGUGGGACGGCAUCAUCAUCGUUUCUGGCGACGGCCUGCUGCACGAGGUGAUCAACGGGCUGAUGGAGCGCCCGGACUGGGAACAAGCAAUAAAAACCCCCGUCGGCAUUCUGCCCUGCGGCUCUGGGAACGCGCUGGCUGGAUCCAUCAACCACCACGCAGGGUAUGACAUGUGCCUUCGAGAGCCCCUCCUGUUGAACUGCUGCUUCCUGCUGUGCCGAGGCGGCGUCCGACCCAUGGACCUGGUCUCCGUCACCACCAGCCCCGCCGCCUCCAACAGCAGCCGAGCGGCGGCGCCCAGGAGACUGUUUUCCUUCCUCUCGGUCGCCUGGGGCUUCGUGUCCGACGUUGACAUAGAGAGCGAGAGGUAUCGGGGUCUGGGCUCGGCUCGCUUCACCUUAGGAACGCUGGUCCGCAUCGCCUCCCUGCGCUCCUACAAGGGCCGGCUGUCCUACCUGCCCCCCUCCAUCGUCGCCACGUCUCCGGACGCCACGCCGCCCCCGCCCAGGAGGCCGCUGUCCCGCAGCAUCACCGAGGGCCUGGAGGGCUUCUGCAGGACGCCCAUCCACCGGACCUGCUCCGACAUGGGCAUCAGCGAGCAGAGGAGUCUCCGCCGGGGGGAGGGGGAGAGGGAGAAGGAGGAGAGGCAGAGGGAGAGGGAGAGGAGGAGGGAGAGAGCCAGAGGAGGAGGCACCGGCGUGGUGAGAGCCAGCAGCCUGGCCGAGGACCGCGAGAGGGAGGGCGAGCUGGAGGUGGAGAUGGAGGCCGAGGAGGAGAAGUCCGGGACCAGUUCCGAGUCGAGCGAGAGAGACGGGAGGCUGGAGAGGAUAAAGGACGAGGCCGACUCUGCUGAGAUGGAGGAGGAGGACCGCGGGAAGGACGGAGGUUCUGUGGAGGGGGAGGGGGUUCUGCCUGCUCGGGAGCUGGGCGAGCGCGACGGGCUGGACAUGGGCCGGGAGGCCGACGAGGAUCCGGAGAGCUGCUACCCGGACGAGCUGCAGGAGAGCCGGCAGAAGCUGAGGAAGAACUCGGCGCCUUCCAGUCAGAUCGCCAACGCCCUGUUCGGCCAGGAGGCAGAUUCCGGGCCUUCGUACGGCGUUGAGGACGUGGAUCUGAACGGAACCUUCUACCAGAAGGAGUCAUACCCGCUGGACGGGGCCCGGGAGCGCUCCCUUACCAUCUCCUCCCCCUUCCGCCACUCGCCCUUCUCCUACAAGCCCAAGACUCUGGACCAGAACCAGAACGCCUCGCGGCCGCGGCCCCUGUCACUGCUGCAGCACUCCCACUCCAACUCCCUGCCUCCGAAGCUGCCCUCCCUGUCCCUGUCCCUGUCGCCCACGCCGCCCUCCUCCCCGUCCUGCGCCUCCCCCCACUCGUCGUCCUACCUCGCCCCCCGACCCAACACCCCCAACUCCACGUCUCCGUCGCCGUCUCUGCGCACGCCGUCCUCGUCCUUUAACUUCGACCUGGCCGAGCCAGCGGGACCGCUUAAAAACCGUCCGUUGGUGUCGCUGCCUUUGAACCUGCCGAGAGACGACCUGCUGCCGCCCCUGGACCAGCCGCUGCCCACCAGAGACUGGGUCACCAUCGAGGGGGACUUCGUCCUGGUGCUGGCCCUGUACCAGACCCACCUGGGGGCCGACCUCCACGCUGCGCCCCAGGCCCACUUUGACGACGGGCUGAUCCACCUGACCUUCGUGCGGGCCGGGAUCUCCAGAGCGACGCUGCUGCGGCUGUUCUUCGCCAUGGAGCGGGGAACCCACCACUCCGUCAGCUCGCCCUACGUCAGCCACGUCACCUGCCGGGCCUUCAGGCUGCAGCCGCUGUCGGCCAGAGGAACGCUUACGGUGGACGGGGAGCUGGUACCGUACGGACCGCUGCAGGCCCAGGUUCAUCCGUCCAUGGCUCGGCUCAUCGUCGGAGACUCCGGGGUGAAGAUCACCAGAUUCUAAUCAGGGAUUGGUCGGGUCGAUUGACAUAUCAGCGCUCUACUGAGUUACAUAAUCUGCGUCGCCGUCCAUACUCUGACACUCUGAAAAUAGCCUGGAUAGCAGAAACUGUUUUUCUAAGGAUUAAUGAAAGGGAUAACCCACCGAGCCACGCGCCACCGGAGCACGACUGCAGGGAUUAAUAGUGAAUUUGAAAAUGGAUGAAAAAUGCGCCUCAUUGCACAGCCGCUGGAGAAGCAUGACGACUGCACAGCCUGGGAUGACAGGAGGGAAGAACAAUCGAAUGUUUGUGGGUGUUUGUUAGUGCCGAUAGUGCAUGUGUUGGAUGUAUACGUCGUAGUAUGCAUGCAGAGAAGCACUACCUGGUCUUUGCCUUACAUUGAGAUGGAAUCAGAUUAAAUCCAGAGACACGUUGUUGUUUAACAUGAAAAACUAGAUCCGACCCUGUUUUAACCUCCGCCAACGUCCAAAUGUCCCUGAGAGGAAUGCCUUAUCUGACACUAGACAGUGCAGCUGUACCUUUGCCCUUUUCUUUCUUACGUAAGGAGCCUAAACCUCCUUAAUCUCUGUCCACCUAUCAGACAUGACAACAAUCUCUGAGCAUGCCACUCGGCCGCACACAAAAUGUGGCCGCCAGUUCACUUUAAUGACACUUUUGCUCGAGCGAGUAAUCCAGUAGAGCAGCGAGAUCAAGCUUUUCAGGGCCGUGGAGCCGUUGAACGGUGACCACGGCUUCUGCAUAAUCUGCCUGCUUUUCUUAGCCAGUGGUGCACGAUGAUGAUGUCAACGAUAUCAGCUUUUGCAGCCUGUUAAACAUAAAAAAUGACUGAACAAGCUUUCUUCGUCAGUGCUUCUAGCCUGUUUCUUUUCUUUUUUCAAAGUCCAGAUUCACAGCCUUAGCCCUCGGCACCGUCGUACGUCUAGAACAUGUCUUUAAACUAGGAGCCUCCGUUCAGUGGGAGGCCGUGCAUUUGUUUUGCACAGAAACUGGAGUCGCACAGAAACCACAACACUAGGACGCAUAGGAGCUUUAAGAUCCAGCUGAAGAGCAGUCAGACGCACUAGAGUUAGCAGAACAAUAGAUGGACUUCAUUACGUUGUCCGCCUGAAAUCACCUAAACGUUGCAGUAAUAGCUUUUUGAAAGGUAGAACUGACUGUUUACAGAAUCACUUAAGAGAAAAAAAACGCUAAAAUCCGGCAGUGCAGACGAGGAGGAAGCUGCACUGUGACAAAAAAACAACACAAAUAUCUGAAGAACAAAAUCAAACAGCAGAAACCUGUCUCUGAUCAAAACCUGCUGACGUCCUCGGAUCUGGGCGACGUUUAAAUCAUUAGCAUGUGCAAUGUACGAAUCAGCGAGAUGUUGUGCCAACCGUCCACAUACUGUACGUCUGGGACAAAUCAAUGCCUUUGUAUGAUUACAAGAAAAACAAAUGAAGCCUGUAAGUCUGGCUGUUGAUCAUGAACUGUUUAAACUGCAGAAAAUGGAGUAAAACUUUUUUUUGCCUACGAGGAUGUUUAUUUUUGCUCUUUGUUUGUUGUUUGUUUGUUUGUUUGAGCACACGAAGCAGCUAGUCUACCAGGAUUACACUGUGCUUACUCAGCUCCAGAAUGUGAGGACGACACGUUGAGUCUAGGCUUGUUAAUUACCAAAUAGAAGAAGCUACACACACGUUGAAUGGAGUCAUUGCCAGAAGGUUUCCUCUGGACGUGGAGGAGAUUCGUCGUCUAUGGCGUCCAUAGCUGGGACCAUGGUGUCGUAGACGGCGUGAACCUGACGGUGCCGUUCAGGUGUCUGUAGUGGAUGAAAUGUAAUUAUUACUAAAAACAAUGAAGAUUAUCUACGUAUACAAUGUACAGGUAAUAGUUCUAUAUGGUUUGGAAUAAAUGUAACUUCAUACGUUUGUCUGGGA